CCCCGCCAUGAAGUCUCUACACCAACGACUGAACCUUUACGUGGAUGGCAAUGAAGCCUACGUCUUCACCCCGGUUGACGGAGCCGCUGCCGCGCAACCGCUCACGAUACAGAGGCUUACAGGGCAGAUUACCCUCACUUCCCCGAAGAAUGUACCUAGUCACCGCGCGCCCAAAACCGUCUUCGGGAUAGCCGGUUUAAUAUCACUCUCGCUAUCGGAAUACCUCAUAGUCAUCACACAACGCGAGUACCGGGGUCGACUUGGGGGCGAGGACAUCUACAGCGCUACCGGCUUUGAUAUCCUACCGCUUGACGCAAACGCCUCUGUGAUUCAUCCUCUUAAUGCUAUUGAAGGGCACCUCUUGGCGUUGCUCCAGUCACACCUCAAGACGGGGACUUUCUUGUUCAGCUAUACAUGGGAUCUGACAAGGCGGCUGCAAGCGCAAUGGGAGAACAACAAGAAGGAUGAGGGCAAGGCGCUCUGGGAGGUGGCGGACGAUCGGUUCUUCUGGAAUAGAUUCUUGCAGUCCAAGUUCAUAGACAUAACUGUCACAAAACCUAAUCAUGAUCUCAGCCCCUACAUUCUGCCCUUGGUCUUCGGCACUUUCGACAUACGCCCCGCCACUCUGAACGGACAUAAGGUCAAUCUGUGCCUGAUCUCCCGUAGGUCUCGGUACCGUGCUGGUACGCGCUACUUCCGGCGCGGAAUCGACCACGAAGGUCACGCCGCCAAUUUCAACGAGACCGAGCAAAUUCUCACCGUCGAAGGCAAAGACGACAAUGUGACUAGGAUGAGCUUCGUGCAAAUACGAGGAAGCAUACCGAUCUUCUGGGCAGAGAUCAACAAUUUGAGGUAUAUGCCCGAUCUCCAAAUCAUGGAGCUUCCGGAUACGAUGGAGGCGCUGCAGGCUCAUCUGCGGGAUCAGGUCUCCCGGUACGGGAAGACUGCGUUGAUCAACCUCAUCAACCACAAGGGACAUGAGAAACCAAUCAAAGAGGCGUACGAGAAGUACAUGACACAGGUCGAAGAGAAAAUGCCUGAUGUCAAGUAUCAAUACUUUGACUUCCAUAGCGAGUGCAGCCGCAUGCGAUGGGACCGUAUCAGUAUCCUUAUCGAGCAAAUGGAACCUGACUUAAUUAAGCACGGGUACUUCCACCUCGAUUCCAAUGACCCAGACAAGCCGGUCCUCCUUCAAACGGGUGUCGUAAGGACUAACUGCAUGGAUAACCUGGAUCGAACGAACGUCGCUCAGGCCGCCUUUGCUAAGUGGACCUUGAAUCGGCAGCUGAAGGCUGUGGGUGUGAUGGCGGAACAUGACAACGUCGACAACCAUGAGGACCUAAGCUUUGACUUCCGUUUCCUGUGGUCGAACCAUGCGGACGCCAUAUCUCGCGCUUACUCUGGCACGGAGGCGUUGAAAACUGAUUUCACGCGGACGGGCAAACGCACGAAGAAGGGAGCAUUCGAGGACUUCCUGAAGUCCGCAGGAAGGUACUUCAAGAACAACUACUUUGACGGUCCAAGACAGGAUGCUUUCGAUUUGGUCACCGGAGGGUGGACACCCGGUAAAGCACCCUGGGCUGCACGGGCUUUGGUGCAUGAUAGUCGUCCGUUGCAUAUCCGCGCUAUGCCAUACGUGGCCUGGUACUCGCUAUUCAUGAUUCUGGCAGGACUGACACUACCCCGCACAUCCACGUACUCCCUAUUGUACUAUUUCCUCAUCUGGUUCACCUUGUUGACCGCAUCCCUGGUGUUUAUUUUGGCCCACGGCACCGAAUACGUCGCGUGGCCGCGUUUAUUGCCUCCCACCGAUGUUCUUUUAUACGUUGGUCCCGGAUACCGCUCCAGAUACAAGGGCAACGACCUGAGUGUGCCCAUAUUCGACGAGAAGAAGGCGAGCUGGAUGCUCCAAGGGCGGAAAUUCGCGGGGCACCGUCCUUACGACGCGGAAAAGGGCAAGAAGAGAGUGGAUUGAUGUUAAUCUACACUACAUAUGCUACUACAUGUAUACAUGGAUCGGAGGUGUAAUGGGUGACGAUAUGUUGCC